UUUAAAAAAUUCUAAACAUUUCUCUAUAAAUACCUACCAUUUAUUUUACAUCUCACACCCAAAAAAUUAUUGAUACAUAGUAACCCAAUUUUGUGCUUCCUCCUCUUCAUAUAGCUCUCAUCUUCCAAAUUUAUUUAUAUCCAAUAUGGCUGAAGAAAGGAGAAACACAGGUCCAGUGGCCGGACAAGAGGGAGAUCAAAAUGAAGAUGAUAGUAUCCAAGACAAAAGGAGAUGGACGGAUGAGGAAGAUGUUCAAUUGUGCAAGUCUUGGAAAAUUGUUGGGCAAGAUCCGGCUGUGGGCACAAAUCAGAAAAACAACGACUUAUGGAUGCGUGUGAGGCGACACUUUGUCGCAAAUUGGCCCCAGAGCCGAUCAGCUUCCUCUUUGCAAGGAAGGUGGAAAAUUUUGAAGGUUGAACUCUAUGAGUGGCAUUGUGCAUUAAGGCAAGCGAAAAAUUGGUACAAGAGCGGUUCGAAUGCGGUUGAUGAGCGAGAUGAAGCACAUAAAUUGUGGCAUGCCGGGAUGAAGAGAAAAAAGAAGCCAAAAAAACACAAUUUUCAGAGUUUUGCUAGUUACGUUGUUGUGGAGGGCUUUGUACAAUUUAAAGACAUUCCUAAUCCUAAUGUGAGGCCUCAAGGAAUGAAGGCUGCGAAAGAAGCAAUUCGGAAAGCCAAGAAGGCAGCGAACAACCAAAGUCCUUACUCAAGCAGUCUCGAGAGUAUAGCGAACAACCAAAUAGAGGCAACCGAGGGCAAGAAAAAACUCGACGACGAAUUCGCUCGAAGUCUCCAAGAGGAAGAAAAAAGAGCAUGUAUCCUCUUGCAAAUCGAAAUGCGAAAAGAGCAACUCCUAUUUCAAGAAAGGCAAGAUCGAAUUAAAGAGAUGGAAGAGCGUAUUAAAGAGAGGGAAGAGCGUAUUAUGGAGAUUGAUACAAGUAAAAUGACGCCAAAUAAAAAGCGUUAUUGUUUUUCAUUUAUGUAA